GUACAGAGACAGAGUGGUGGUGUUUUAUAUUUUUUUAAUUAAUUAUUAAAAAAAUGAAAUUGUAGUGUUUUUUUUUUUUGUUGUAUAUAUAUUUAUAUAGUUUGCUGAUUUUGAACCAAAGACAAGGCCCCUCUCUCUUGUAUUCUAUCCCUUCUGUCAGUUUGCUUUUCUUAAGAAUGUGUCCUUUCUGUUUCAGAGAAGAACUGGAACAUAAUUGCAGAAGAAGAAGAUAAAAAUAGCAAGAGAAAACACCACCUAGAGAGAGAAAGAGAGGAGAGAGAGAGGAGGAGGAGGAGGAGGAGGGAGUGAGCAGAAGAAUCAAAUAAUCUAUGGCUGCUAUGGAGGAGGAGGUGGAUUACUGGUGGUGGUUCCUUUGACUUCGGUGGUUUCAUCUUCUUCUCAAAAGCUUGUCCUCUUUUCGAAUUUGAGGUCGAUAUUUUCGUGUUGUGUUGGUAUAAAAUAUGGAUGGGGGGCAAUUUGUGGUGACUGAAUAUGGUGACUAACAAAUAUAGAAGCUGCUUAUGGUUGAACCAGCUAGAUGACCUUUUUAUUGGUCUCCCUUAAUAAAGAGGUUUCUUACCCGAAAUAGCGUUUUGGAAUGCUGCUUGAAGGUUACAUAAAUCUGCUCAGAGGCUUGUUUCUUUUGUUCACUAGCUUUGCAUCAUUUUCUGGUGUAUGCUGACGCAGAAAUCGAUUUCUUCUAUCGUCCAUUAAUUAUUUUUGGGUGUUGCAAUCUGAGAUGGAUUUUUCCGAGUCCACAAAAGUUGUGUACAAUAGGAUCCAGAAGAUAGAGCCUGAAAAUGUGUCCAAGAUUAUCGGGUAUCUUCUGCUGCAAGAUCAUGGUGAGCGUGACAUGAUCCGACUGGCUUUCAGCCCUGAUAAUUUGAUCCAGUCUUUGAUUAACAAAGCGAAAGCUGAGCUCGGGUUAUGCAAACUGGCAGUGUCUGCUUCAAUCUCACCUCAGGUGAACCAAGUUCCUGUUUCCGACUUACCUUUACAAUUCACUCCAUACAGUCCACGACCGGUUUCAUCUCCCACAACCAUCGGAGCAGCAAAUCCAUAUAGGGAACUGUCUGGUGAUCAGCAACCACUGCAAGCCAUAGAGUUUGUUCCACCAGGGUACUCAGAUUCAGCGAUUGAAGAUUAUCGCCUCCAAAAUCAAAUGCAGUUUCUGCCCGAGUUUUCAAGCAAUUACUGUUAUCAUGAACCUGCAUUGAGUGUGAGAACCAGUCGAAGGUCUCCAAGCUUGCCUGAAUUUCCCCUUAAGGUAUGCCAUUAUUUCAAUAAGGGGUUCUGUAAGCAUGGAAGCAACUGCAGGUACUUCCAUGGCCAUCCCAUGCCAGAAAGCUUUUCACAGUUUUGCAGCCAAAACUCAAAUGAGCUUUCAAACGAUGAUCACGUUGUCUCCCCUGGCUCCCUUGAAAAGCUAGAGAUUGAAAUAAUUGAGCUUUUGAAAUCUAGAAGAGGGUUCCCAAUAUCAAUUGCCUCUUUGCCGAUGAUGUACUAUGAGAAAUAUGGGAGAACUCUUCAGGCCGAGGGAUACCUCACUGAGAGCCAGAGACAUGGUAAAGCUGGCUACAGCCUGACAAAGCUUCUUGCUCGAUUGAAGAACAGCAUUCGCCUUAUUGACAGGCCUCACGGACAGCACUCAGUUAUAUUGGCAGAAGAUAUCCCAAAAUACUUAGAGUAUGCUGGUGAGAAAACAGAACCUGGUGGGAUUAUUGCUGGUUCUCGACAGAUAUAUCUGACCUUUCCAGCCGAGAGUAAUUUCACGGAGCAAGAUGUUUCCAACUACUUCAACAAAUAUGGGCCAGUUCAAGAUGUACGCAUCCCGUGUCAACAGAAGAGGAUGUUUGGUUUUGUCACCUUUGUUUAUGCAGAGACGGUGAGGCAUAUUUUGUCAAAAGGGAAUCCUCAUUUUGUAUGCGGGGCUCGUGUGCUGGUGAAACCUUACAGGGAAAAGUCUAGGCUUGUUGACAGUUUAUGUCACAUGUGCAGGAAGUUUUCGGAGAAGAUGCAGCACUCCACGUGCUACAAUUCACAUUUUAUGGAUGGAGAUUCAGAGCUUCACCCAAUGCCCAGAGUUUGUGAUAGCGCAAGAUUUCUAAGGAAGCAGUUCAUAGAGGAAAAUGAGCAAGCACUCGAACUUGAGAGAAGGCGCCUCUCGGAGAUGCAUUUAGCAGCUAAGCCCUUAUCCCAUCAUUUCUAUUAUGGCUACUCGAUGGAUGAGCUUAAGCAUCCAGAAGCCCAUGCAGAGCAAGUGGAAUUCCCAUCCUCAAAGGAAUUUAAUUAUUUUCUGGAUGUUUUGAAUAAUGGUUCCACCAGUGAGGACAAAAUCAGGCACAUUAAUACUAAUUACAGUGGUCAGGAUAGCGGUCAAGGAAUUAACCUUCCAGAGAGCCCAUUCGCGACUCAAAUGGCGAGUGGCAUAUCAACAGUUAUAUAGGGGAUUCAAACAAACAGUAAAUUAUAGAGAGGUAGAGCACCGGAUUCCUAGACUAAGACUAAUUCGUGGUUUCGAUACAGCAGGAGAGGCCUUCAUAUUCUUCUAUUUUCAUUAUACUUUUACCUCAAUUUCAUCGGUCCGUCAGCUAAGUAGAGAGAGAGUUCAUACCAACUGAAGAAGAAGAGAGAGACACAGUAGACAAGUUAUGUUCUUCCCCAAUGUUACACCGGGCGAAGGAGAUCGCAGAGAAGAAAAGACAUAAAAGCUAAUAUGUGACAGGUUUUUUAAGCCUUUUUUUUUCUUUUUCUUCUUUGUUUUAAUAUAAUCACAGAGGAUGCAGCAAGGAAGAGAUGGGUUUUUAGAAGUGACUGAGAUAUAGUUUGGUUUAGUUGAAGAAGAAGAAGAAGAAAGUAAGUAGUAGUAAAAAUAUGCAGGUGUGUGCAGAGUAAAGAAGAAAAGGUGUAGAGAUCUCUGCGACAUAAACAAAUUCUAAUAAUUUAUACAAAGUUUCUAUUUACCUUAGUAAAUAUGUUUCAAAAUUCCAUGCACUAUAUGGAUGAUGAGAUUUAUACAUCUAGAAUUUUUCUACAGUGCUGUUAACCGCACUUUUAAAAUGCGGAUAUGUUGUCAAUAUUGUUGAUACUUCGACCAUACAAGAUGGUUAACCGCACUAUAGAAAAACUAUACUUAGCGUUGAUAUUAUGAUACUUUAUUUUA